AUAUGUCCUUUGAUGUCUCCUGGUUUGCUGUGCGCUCCUUUGCGUUGGACAGAGAGCCCAUCCUGCUGGCCUCGCUGGACAGGAGAGGGAUUGUCACGCAGAGCAGGAGAAACGGAAGCAGCGAUCUCAGCCUGGAGAGAAUCAGCCCACUGGAAUUCCGGCUCCGCGUGCACAGCUGCGAGGACCACGACUUUGGGAACCACUACUGCGUAGUGACGCCGUGGGUGCAAUCUGCCACCGGCGUAUGGCAGCGGGAACCUGACAUCAAAGCCAAACCCAUCUUUCUGUCUGUGAAAAUGGACGUUCUGAAUGCUUUCAAGUAUCCCCUGUUGAUUGGCAUUGGCCUGGCCACUGUCAUUGGACUCUUAUCCUGCCUCAUUGGCUACUGCAGCUCCCGUUGGUGCUGCAAGAAGGAAGUGCAGGAAACAAGACGAGAGCGUCGCCGACUAAUGUCGAUGGAGAUGGACUGAGCGUGGGACACAAUUGCGUUCUGGGAGAGACUCACAGGGCUCUUGGACUCACAAGCCCAGACAAGACAGUGCGUUUCUUCUCUGAUUUCAGCCUGGACCU